AUGGCAGUUCAAGAGAAUGGAUAUGUACCGGCGGUAUCGCAAGAGCCGAGGAAUGGCAGCCCAGUGGGCAAGGAUAUGAAAAGCGAAAAGGUUCGGAGGAAAAGUCCUCUGCGAUGGACAUUAGGCCUGGUUGUACGCUUGUGUAUUUGGUAUACCCUUCUCACGCCAUUUCUACGAUGCCCCUCGCGCCUAGACGAGCUGAACGAGACCUCUCCCAAGGUCUGCAAGCCCUACUUGAUCGCACGUUCUCACGUGGAACCAUAUGUUACUCCCUAUUAUGACACCUAUGCCGCUCCCUACGUUGAUCAGGCGCGUCCAUAUGUGGAGGUGUUCAAUCAGCAAGUUUACACGCCUGCUUCUAAUGUCGCCAAAUUCGGCUACGAGAAGUAUGGUGCUCCCGCAUGGCAACAGGCCCGGACAUUUAGCGAGGCACAAUGGAAAGCGCAGGUGACGCCACGUCUGGAAGCUGCCCAGGUUCAAGCGCAUCAGCUGUAUCUAGCCCAGGUUGACCCGUAUGUGCAACAAGGUGUUUCCUUGGUAUCACCUUACUACCAAAAGGCAAAUGGGGUCGCGCAAGCUGUCUACUGGAACCAAUUUGUACCCUUCUAUACUCGCUCGCAACCGUUCAUUGGCAAGACCUACAGCACCGGUCAGCAAGUUCUAAUCACUCAUGUGAUGCCUGGUGCACGCUAUACCUGGUCAUCAGUGGUCUACUUUGCGAACAGCUCGUUGUGGCCCCAUGUAACAGGCCUCUACUCGGAGCAAGUCGAGCCUCAGCUCGUCAAAAUCGGCCAGCGCCUUGCUAGCUAUCGGGAAGGCAAGCGCCUUCGCGCUGUUGUUGAAGAAAUGGACAGUUCCUCAUCUGCACAGACCGCCUCUUCAACAGUAACAACUGCAAAGGUUGAACCUCGCACUUCUGCAGGCACAACCACAACCACAACCUCGACACCAGAGACUCCAUCCGCUAAGCCUACCCUAUCGGCCGAAGAACAAUCCAAGCAAGCUCGCGCCCGAAUUGAAUCCGAUCUUCAAAGAUGGCAGGAGAAGUUUGCUAAAGCGGCCGACAAGGGCAUUGAAGAUCUCGAAGAGCGCAUUGGAGACAUCGUGUCCGCCCUCAUCGUGAAUAGUGCCAACAGCCACGGCGAAAGCCUGUCGACCGCCCUUCAGGCAGUCUCUGCUGAGAAGAUCUCUUCCAUCAAGGAGCGAAUCAACGAGCUUGCAGCAGCCCUGCCAGAGGAAGACGCACCUGAGGAAGAGGAAGAGGCCAGUGACAAGUUGCUCACCGACAUUCGCACGGCUGCCGUCUCAGUCAGAGACCGUGCCCACGCUCUCCGACAAUGGUCUCUAUCCUUUGACGAGGAACUCCUUCGUCGGGUUUCUGCUGCCAUCAACUCAACCUUGGAUGUCCUCGACAGUAUCCGCGAUCUGGGCUUGCAGGAGAUCGGCACCCGGUGGGCCUGGAUGGACGAUGUGACUUACAAAGACUGGGCCAAAUACCAUGCACUCAAGGUCCAGAUCGAUGACUGGCGCAACGAAAUUCGCAAGGUCGGCAUGAACCACAAGUCAAUUGCUGAAGCUCAGUCUGUGGCCGCUGGAAUUCUGGAUAUUGGAAUGGAGGUGGCUGAGGAUACCGCCAAAGAACUCAUCAGGCUGAAGGAUGUUGGCAACUGGAAGAUUGCCGCUCGUGAAGUUGGUGAUAACUUCGAGACUCGCACCGAGGCUCCGCCUCCGCGGCCGAAGCCAGUCGUGGAGACCGAAGAAUAUGAGAGCACGGACAACGAUGAGGUUUUUGAAGAGGCCACUACUGAUUCUGAAACUUCCUCGUCGAUUUCGCAAGAAGAUGACACUGAAGAGACUCCUGUCUCCACUCCUAACGAGGAUAGUUUUGACGAGGUCGAGGAGUCUAUUGAAUCCGAAACUUUCCUCGAAGGCGAGGACGUGGAGGAGCGUGUUUCUGAUGCCAUUUUCGAGGAUGAAACCUUCGCCUCCAAGCCCGCUUUCGGCGUCGCCGCUGCCACUUUGAACACUCAGCAAGAACCUAUCCUUGACGAUGAUGAGCAGGAUGCUUUGCACAGCCUGGCUAGUAAAGCCGGAGAUGUCUACUCUGACGCAAGCUCCGCUUUUGCCGAUUCCACCUCCCAGGCCAAGAUUCUCUAUGAGAUCGCCAAGUCUCAGGUUAUGGGCCAGAUGGCACAAUCGAGUGCUCCCGCUCAUGCUCAGGUCCUGUCUUCCAUCGAGUCUGCCUACUCUGGUGCUGUCAAGUACGCCACCGAGGAGUUUGAGGCGCGCAUUGGCGCUAUCAAGGCUACUCCCACCUCUGCUGGGCCUCUGGCACACAUUUCUUCUGUUGCGUCCUCGCGAUUGAGCGAAGGACUCAGCUUGGCCUCGGAGCAGCUGGCCCUAUACACUAUCCCUGCCACCACCUCGGUUGGCUCUCAGCCUUUCGUGCUUGACGCACAACGUCGCUACUAUGAGGCUGUUGGUGUCGCUCAUGACCACUAUACUGCCUUCGUGUCUACUGCAUCGGUGGCAGUUUAUGGUACUCCCACACCUACCCCGGCUCCCUUGAACUUCCAGAAUCUCCUUGAGCAAGCCGGCUCUCAGUACGAGCAAGCUUCCUCUCUGGCUUCCGCUAGUCUCGCGGCCGUCGUCGCCUCCGCAAGCUCUAUGAUCUCUGCCGCUGAUGAUGGAAGGAGCCAGAGCAUCAUUGACGAUGCCUCCUCCAGAUAUCAUGCCGCUCUAUCCGCUGCCUCCUCUUCUCUGUCUCUCGCGUCGGCGUCCGCCAGCUCUGCUAUCUAUGGUACAACUCCCGGGCCCCUGGAGUCUCUGUCCAGCCAAGCUUCUGAAAACUGGGAAAUUCUCGUCUCCAAGGCUAGCGAGCAGAUCUACGGCACGCCCGCGCCUUACUUGCAGCAAGUGGUAGACAACCAUGUGCCACAGCUCGAAGCCGUCCAGGCAAUCGUCUCUGAGCUGCUUAUUGGAAAGCAGCCAUCCUUCACUGAAAGCGUCCUAAGCAAGCUCCGCGUUGCCUAUGAGACCCCCUACCCGGCUGCGGCCGUGUCCGCCGCUUCGAGCUACGCUAGUGUGGCCUACGAGGCAGUCUCUUCUGCUACUCACGCCGUUGUCUCUGACAUUCCCAGCGUGGAAGACAUCAUGCAGCAGGCUAAUGAUCAACUCCAGGCGGCUGUCGAGGCCGCCAGCGUCGGUAUUUACGGUACAGCCAAGGGUCGCUUCGAGCAGGCCACCGAGGCCGCAGCUGAGGCUUACUCGAGUGCCUCUUCGCAAAUCAGCGACGCUGUCUAUGGAAAGGAGCCCAGCUAUAUUGAAAUUGCCAAGGACAACAUUGCACAGAUUCAGUCUAAGGCUAGUGCCGCGAUCCAUGGCGAGGAGCCUGGUGCCUUUGAAAGCGCCACCAGCCGUCUUGCCGCUGCCGUUGAGAGUGCGCAGGCUCAACUUGCGGAUCUCGCUUCCAGCGCGAGCAGCGUUGCCUCUGAAGCCGUCGAGACCGCUGUCUCCCACGCUGAUCAGAUCACCAGCAGCAUCAAGGCUGGUGCUUCGUCCCAGUCCAAGGACGAGCUUUGA